CAGGCCUCCCACCAUCAUGAUAGUCUACAGUAUCCUUGCGUUACUUUGUAUUGGCUCAGUCACUUCUAAAGCAGUCAAGGCAAAAGACUCUUGCGAGGAGAGCAAAACUCACUUCUUCGUAACAGACAAUGCCAGUCUGCAAUCAGCCGACCCAAUUGUCUACAAAGCAACUUCCGAAGAAGAAUGCUUGUCAGCUUGCACAAAAAAUAGAGACAAGUUCGACAGACCAAUCGUUUGCCACUCUUUCACCUACGACCACGCCAGCUUCUCCUGCACCAUCCACAAGGAGAAGUCAGCUCCAGUUGGGUCUGCUCAAAUUGAAAAUUCGGUUGGAAAGAGAUACUUUGAGAAGAUUUGUCUAUCACACAAUAUCCCACAGCAAUGCGCCCAGACUCAAUUCAUCCGUGUUGAUCAAAGUGUGCUCGUUGGCUAUGCGGUCAACAUGACGCUCACUGACAGCAUCGAAUCGUGUGCUGCUCAAUGUGUACAGGAAGCCGAUUGCAAGUCUGCCAUGUACUUCUACGAAGACGGAGAAUGCAUUACCAACAAGGAAUCUGCAAUGACAAAGCCAGCUGGAUUCACAAAGGAAGAAAACGACAAGGUGAUCUACUUCCAGAAUGGAUGCGACUUGAACAAGAAGAACGAGCCAACCGUCGAGACUGAGGAAGUCCAAGAGGAAGUCAGACCAGUAGCUCAUGUGCUUAUCUCUGAAACGACUCCAAAACCAGAUUCUCCAGUUGAGAAGGUUGUUGAGGAAGUUGGUGAGGAGGUGAAGCCAGAGAUGAAGCCAGAAGAGCAGUUCGAUGAGAAGCAAGAGGAGACCAAUGCACAGACUGGAGAGGAUGAGGAGGAGUACGAAGACGAAGAAGUCACCGAAGAAACCACAGAGGAAGAAGUCACAACAACCGAAGCACCCACCACCACCACCACUACCGAGGAGCCAACAACCGAAGCCUCGGCUCCAAAACGCAUCAAGGCACACCUUCACAAGAAGAUCAAGAAGCACCCAAAGAACUUUGGAUCCAAGACUUAUGAGAUUCUGAAGAAGCAAGAAACUGUCAAGAAGUCAAAGAUUGAGUUCCCAGAAAUUGAAGAGCAAGAAAUCACAGAAGACUCUGCGGAUUCUUCUAGAGCCAUUGAGCCACAAGAGCCAGAGGAGACCUACUUCUCCGACUGGUCUGACUGGACUCCAUGCACAAAGAGCAACGAGCGACAGGUCCGUAGAAGACGGUGCCUGAACUUGAGAAAAUGUCUCGGAGCUUUGAUGCAAGUUCAGAACUGCCCAGAGAUUAUUCCAACAAGCACUCCACAAAACAACGAGAUGAUCAGAUCAGUUGUAUCAGUUGAUGGUGAUGAUGAGCCAAUUGCCGUUGAUAACAUUUCAGUUGACUCUGCACCAAGCAGCAUUUUGCCAGUGCUCAACGAGCAAGUCUGGGGACACUGGCAAGGAACUUGUCAGCCAUUCGCAUCUUCCCAGCCAUGCAACAAUGGAUUCAUGAUCGGAUUCGAAUCACGCGAGUGCAUCGCCAAGGACCCCGCUCAGUGUGAAGGACCAUUCUUCAGAUACUGCCAACAUUCUUGUUAACUCCACUACCGCUUUUAAUUGACCACUGACUGCAAUUUCUCCCACGUGUAUUUUGUAAUCCAAAUUUUAAUAUUAAUGGUUUUCAAUUAAUAAAGUUAUUUUAAUAUUUUUU